UAAAGGUCCUGCUCCCAGCAGCCUCCGCGGUUGAUACGUCGCCAUCUUGGAUCCGCGGGACAAGAAAAUUCAUGCGAGGGAGAACUUGGUGGGCGGUCCUUCCUGUGACACGACCCUUGAGUGACAGUUCUGUUUGAUUGCCUCCAGUACUGUGAGGAAAGGACACGACUCUAUGGUGAGGACUGAUGGACAUACAUUAUCUGAGAAAAGAAACUACCAGAGUUUUGGUAAAAUUGAACCUGUACUCUUGCAUUCAAGUUUUGGAAAUACUGUAAUGGGAAUUUUGACAAAAAUGAAGUUGGCAGAUAGAAAAAUGUGUGCUUUCCAAUGUCCAGAUCUGCAAGUGGUGAAAGAAGUUACAAAGGUGACAAACAGCAUGUUUGGUGCUUCAAGAAAGAAGUUUGUAGAGGGGGUCGACAGUGACUACCAUGAUGAAAACAUGUACUACAGCCAGUCUUCGAUGUUUCCACAUCGGUCAGAAAAAGAUAUGCUGGCAUCACCAUCAACAUCAGGUCAGCUGUCUCAGUUUGGGGCAAGUUUAUACGGGCAACAAAGUACACUAGGCCUUCCAAUGAGGGGAAUGAGCAACAAUACCCCUCAGUUAAAUCGCAGCUUAUCACAAGGCACUCAGUUACCAAGCCACGUCACGCCAACAACAGGGGUACCAACAAUGUCACUUCACACGCCUCCAUCUCCAAGCAGGGGUAUAUUACCUAUGAAUCCUAGGAAUAUGAUCAACCACUCCCAGGUUGGUCAGGGCAUUGGAAUUGCCAGCAGGACAAAUAGCAUGAGCAGUUCAGGGUUAGGUAGCCCUAACAGAAGCUCGCCAAGCAUAAUAUGUAUGCCAAAGCAGCAACCCUCUAGACAGCCUUUUACUGUGAACAGUAUGUCUGGAUUUGGAAUGAACAGGAAUCAGGCAUUUGGAAUGAAUAAUUCUCUAUCAAGUAACAUUUUUAAUGGAACAGAUGGAAGUGAAAAUGUGACAGGAUUGGACCUUUCAGAUUUUCCAGCACUAGCAGAUCGAAACAGAAGGGAAGGAAGUGGUAACCCAACUCCAUUAAUAAACCCCUUAGCUGGAAGAGCUCCUUAUGUUGGAAUGGUAACAAAACCAGCAAGUGAGCAAUCCCAGGACUUUUCAAUACACAACGAAGAUUUUCCAGCAUUGCCAGGCUCCAGCUAUAAAGAUCCAACAACGAGUAACGAGGACAGUAAAUCUAAUUUGAAUACAUCUGGUAAGACAUCUUCAAGUACAGAUGGACCUAAAUUCCCUGGAGACAAAAGUUCAACAACACAAAACAACAACCAGCAGAAAAAAGGGAUCCAGGUGUUACCUGAUGGUCGGGUUACUAACAUUCCUCAAGGGAUGGUGACGGACCAAUUUGGAAUGAUUGGCCUGCUGACAUUUAUUAGAGCAGCAGAGACAGACCCAGGAAUGGUACAUCUUGCAUUAGGAAGUGACUUAACAACACUAGGCCUCAAUCUCAACUCUCCUGAAAAUCUAUAUCCCAAAUUUGCAUCACCCUGGGCAUCUUCACCUUGUCGACCUCAAGACAUAGACUUCCACGUUCCAUCUGAGUACUUAACGAACAUUCACAUUAGAGAUAAGCUGGCUGCAAUAAAACUGGGCCGAUAUGGAGAAGAUCUACUAUUCUAUCUCUAUUACAUGAACGGAGGAGACGUAUUACAGCUUUUAGCAGCAGUAGAACUUUUUAACCGAGAUUGGAGAUAUCACAAAGAAGAACGAGUAUGGAUUACCAGGGCACCAGGCAUGGAGCCAGCAAUGAAAACCAAUACAUACGAGAGGGGAACAUAUUACUUCUUUGACUGUCUUAACUGGAGGAAAGUAGCUAAGGAGUUCCUUCUGGAAUAUGACAAAUUAGAAGAAAGGCCUCAUCUGCCAUCAUCCUUCAACUACAACCCUGCUCAGCAAGCCUUCUAAAGACUUCCCUUUUCUUGGGGUAUGGCUGUCUCAGCACAAUACUCGACAUAACUGCAGAACUGAUGUGGCUCAGGCACCCUGGUUUUAAUUCCUUGAGGAUCUGGCAGUUGGCUCAUGCAAAGGGUCACCAUUUGAGGUCCUGCCUUACUAAUUAUGUGCUGCCCAACAACUAAAUUUGUAAUUGUUUUUCUCUAGUUUGAGCAGGGUCUGAAUUUUUCCAUUUUUUUUGGACAGCAGACAUUGAUCUGUAAUGACAAAAAAGUACACUGACAAAGUUUACCACAUAGUUUCCAAAAUGUAAAAAAGGAAAAAAAACCCAGGAAAAAAAAAGCAAAAAACCCCAAAAAAUUAGACAACAAAAUUUGCAUUGUUCAUUGUAGCACUAUUGGUAAUAAAAAAAAAUGUUUGUGCAUUUUUAUGUGAAGAUCCUUCUCGUAUUUCAUUUGGAAAGAUGAGCAAGGUCUGCUUCCUUCAUUUUACUUCUCCCUUCUGUUUUUGAAAGGCAGUUUUUCGCCAAGCUUAAAUGCAAGAAUAUCUGACUGUUUAGAAGAACGAUAUGGCCACAACCUCUGGAUGGUUUCUAGGGUUGUGUUAUUACUGAGCUUCAUCUUUCCAGAAUGAGCAAAACACUGUCCAGUCUUUGUUACGAUUUUGUAAUAAAUGUGUACAUUUUUUUUAAAUUUUUGGACAUCACAUGAAUAAAGGUAUGUAUGUACGAAUGUGUAUAUAUUAUAUAUAUGACAUCUAUUUUGGAAAAUGUUUGCCCUGCUGUACCUCAUUUUUAGGAGGUGUGCAUGGAUGCAAUAUAUGAAAACGGGACAUUCUGGAACUGCUGGUCAGGGGACUCCUUUGUCGCCCUGUGCACUAAAGGGCCAGAUUUUCAGCAGCCAAGGACAUCCAUACCCAAGUGAAUGUGAUGGGACUUAAAGAAGUGAACUGAGACAAUUCACUCUGGCUGUUUGAACAGCAGCGUUUCAUAGGAAGAGAAAAAAAAAGAUCAAUCUUGUAUUUUCUGACCACAUAAAGGCUUCUUCUCUUUGUAAUAAAGUAGAAAAGCUCUCCUCA